AUGCAAGGGGUGCAGAGGGCACGCUUCUGCCACAACCGAAAGGACGUCGAAGACACCUACCUCCCCGGAGAUGACGCCUUGUACCGCCUUAACGACGGCGCACCCCGGGAUGGGAGGCUCGACCUGUCCGGUUGGGGUAUUCGCGACGAAGACAUGCCGGGCAUCGCGACGGUGGCCCUCGCGAACGUGGAUGCGAAGGCAGACACAGGAGGCGUCACCUCCUUGGUCCUCGACAAGUGUUGGAGGUUGACCGACAAGGGUGUGGAAGCACUGGCCAAGCCUUUCCUCGACCAGACCACGUCGCCGAACCGGAUGGAGGCGUUCAGCGUUGCCGGCUGUAGCCUCCUCACGGACGAGGUGGUGUCGUUGGAUGUUUCGGGAACUGCGAUCACGGACGACGGGAUUCAGUUACUCCUCGGAGCAAGCAAGGUGGUGCGCUCCCUUGGUCUGAGGGACUUGCCUGGGCUGACGGACCGAGGGUUGAUGGCCAUCCUGCAGUGCAUCAAGCGGCGGCGGAAGCUGCAGAACCUCGAGCUCUGCAGGAGCCUGCGCUUCACGGACGGAGGACUUCUGGCCCUCCUCUCAGCCGGAGGCCUUCUCCGCACCCUCGACAUCCAUGGCUGCUCGCAGCUGUCAGAACUCUGCCUUAUGGGCCUCCAGAGGGCCACGUUUACCUCCACCAACCUCAGGUGCCUUGACGUCCGAGGCAUGGCCAUCGCGGACAUCGCCUUCGGGUGGGUGGCGCAGGGGUGCAAGGUGCUGGAGAACUUAAACAUCUCCCGGUGCCCCCUCCUGACUGAUCUAGCCCUGGAAUAUCUCGUUCUGGACGUGGCUGGAGUUGGCAAUUUAACUGACGGAGGCAUGUCUAUUUUGUUGCCGCGAUCGGGCCCGACCCUGCGGGACAUCACGCUCGAUGGGGCAACAUCUUUGGGUAUGGGAAAGCUCGUGGAUAGGCCGACGACCUCAUGUAUUUACUACCGCCGCCACUCCCACCACCCUUUCUUCAACAUUACACAUGGCAAUAGCACCGACCGGAUCACAACACGUCACGCCCCAAACACAGGAGAUGGCACUGUCCGGGAUAUAGCGCGCCACUGCCCGGGCCUAACGUCUCUGAGCAUGGUGGAGCUCACGCGCACGUCGGACGCAAGUCUUAGGGAGCUCGGGAGGCGUUGCCCGCUGCUGAGGCUGCUCGACAGCUCCUCCGACAUCAACGUGCUUGAGACAUCGCACCGCACGCGGGUGCCGAAGCUGGGAGGGGACGGCGUACGUGAGCUGAGCCUGGGAACUCCUUGCCUCACGGUCCUGAGGCUCAAUGGCGCGUGCAAGAUUACCGAUGACUCCCUCCUGGCGGUGGGCUCCAACUGCCCCCUGCUAGAGGAGCUCGGCAUCAGGAGCUGCAACCUUGUCACGGACGUAGGCCUCGCGGCCGUGGCGCGCGGGUGUCCCAACCUCCGGCACGUCGGAGCGGGCGGGUGCGUGCGCCUGACCGAUGCCUCGGUGCGGGUGCUGGCGGCCCGCGCCGGUGGGGGGCUGAGGGUGUUGGACUUUUCGGGGUGCCGACGUAUGACCGACGUGUCUCUCGAGGCCAUCGGCUCUCACUGCCGGGGGCUGGAAGGACUGACGCUUCAGGGCUGCGAGCGGGUUUCCGAUGAGGGUUUGGUAGCCCUGCUAAAGCGGUGUCCCGGCAUCACCGCUCUCAACCUGAGAGGCGUGCCUGACCUCACGGAGGCUGCCGUGGCUGCGGUGGAAACCCACUGUAGGCGGCUUCGUCGGCUUAACAUGGAGGGGAUACCUCAGGUGUCGGGGUCCCGUGUCCAACUGGCGGGAGAGCGUCUUCCCCUUGUUGUCAGGGAGCCGGGGACGCGUGUACUCCGACCCUGCGCUCUACCCUGUCGGGUGUUCAACUCGUACAUUCAGAGGCGAGCGGAGUGGACAGCGGCGGCGAUAACGGUACAGCGCACCUUGAGGGGAAAGCUGUGCCGCUUGCGGUGGGAGAGGGGGGAACAACGCAAGGCCUGGGCCGCGAUGGUUCUAAGGAGCAAGCUCUCCGCGGUAAUGGCAAGGCGCCUGUUUAGGCGGCGGCUGGAGCAGAGGCGAUCUGAGCACGGUACGCUCGUUGCCGCACGUCUGCAAACGCCUAUCGAGAGAAUAAUUCGGCCAGCGUCCUUGAACCUUACCCCUUAG